UCUGGACAGAUCAUAUAAAAAAUAGGGCGCGCUCUUUCGACUGCUGCCUGGACACAACAGAAACAUAACUUGCUGUAAAUUACACUACACCAUCAGGUGCAACCUUUCAUUGUCAGAUGAUUCUAUAAAAAGGACUUCAACAUGAGUGAGUUCCGUGUGCAUCACCAAGUCAGUGAACUCAUCAAGAUUCUGGGUCUGCAUGGUGUGGAUGGCCCCGAGCUGUAUGUAGACCUACUGGUGAAGAACCGCACACCGUAUGUGACCACCCAGGUGUCCGCACAUAGCGCUAAGCGCAAGAUUGCUGAGUUCUCUCAGACCCCAGUGGAUUUUCUCCAGAAAUAUGAUGAGCUGAAGUCAAAAAAUGUCAGAGACUUGGAUGCCUUUGUCUACCUGUUGUCCAAGUUAUCUGAGGACAAAGACACAGUAGACAUACUACAACAGAAUGCCCAGGCUAUGCAGAUGGCAAUGGACAAGGCUGUUCUGCCGGCGUCUGGCUCCAAAAUGUCUGAACAAGAAGUUUCAGAGCUUCGGAACCAGCUUUUAACUUUAGCGAGCAGUGGAGCUACCACCAGUCAAGCAUCUGAAGUCUUCAAGAAAAUGAUGAGGGAAAAACAAUCCAGGAAAAAUUUGUCUCUCAAGUUGCCGGAGCUGUCUGCCUGGGUGUUUGAGAGGCCAAACCUAUCGGGAGACUUUGUGACGAGUCCUGGAGCCUCGGAGCCUGGUGUGGCCCUCGGGACUCUACCUCUAGGAGUGCAGGAAAUGGCCAUUGUUCAGGAUCUCCUCAUGGUCAUGACGGGGACAGAGGGAAAGUAUAUUCUGCUUCGCCCACCCACUGACCAAUCGUCAGGCCGCACAUUCAUCAUCGACCAAUCGCUGGACAUCUCUUUGCGGGAAGUAGCCAAUCGCAUUUUACCUGUAUGUACUAUGUACUCUUCUGUGGUACGAUUCAUUGAGGACAAAUCUUCAUUUGAGUACGGCGUGGUGAACCAUGCCUUGUGUGGAGCUAUGAAGACCCUUAUAAAGGAGUACUACAUUCUCACAGCACAGCUUGAGCACCAGUUCCGACAGGGCCAACUCCCGCUGCAGAGAUUCUGGUUCUACAUCCAGCCCUGCAAGCAGACUAUGGAGAUCCUCUCCUCGAUAGCACUAUCCAUAGACCGAGGGGCAUCAACAGGGGGCGCUGUUCUCAGCUUACUGCAUGAGAGGACGGUCACCAUGAUCGGAGACACCAGGGCGCAGAACCUAUGCCUGUUCCUCACUCAGUCAGCAUGUGCACCCUACUUUGAAGUCUUAGAGAAGUGGAUCUACAAGGGAAUUAUCAAAGACCCAUACUGCGAGUUCAUGAUAGAGGAGCACGAAGCAUACCGCAAGGAGAAACUACAGCAGGAAUACAACGAUGCCUACUGGGAGCAGCACUACACCGUCUGCCGAGACAGGAUACCGGUCUUCCUGGAGAAUGUCGCCGACAAAAUACUACGGACGGGGAAAUACCUCAACGUCAUCAGGGAGUGUGGUCGUGAUCCCAAGUGUCCUCAGGCUGAAGAGAUACUUUACACAUUGAAGGAGCGUCAGUAUGUAGAUCAUAUUGAACAUGCCUAUCAGUACGCUAGCAAGGUAUUACUGGAUCACAUCAUGGAGGACAGAGACCUCAUGCCAAGGCUCAGGUCCAUCAAGAGAUAUUUCCUGCUAGAGCAAGGAGACUUCUUUGUCCAUCUGAUGGACAUAACGACCGAGGAAUUGAAGAAACAAGUGGAUGAGAUCAUCCCAAGCCGGCUGGAAUCACUCCUUGAGCUUGCUGUCCGUACCAGCCAGGCCAACUCUGACGCCUUCAAAGAUGACUUGAGGGUGGAGCUGCUUCCAUAUGAUCUCAUCACACAGCUCCUCAGAAUUCUCUCCAUUGAAUCAAGAAUUGAGAAAUCUAUCAUUCAGGAGAUUGACCCAACAGAGAUCCACAUCUCAUGCUUGGAAGCUUUUUCCUUUGACUACGUUGUCAGGUGGCCGGAAUCUCUCAUUCUCAGCAGAAAGGCAUUAACACGAUACCAAAUGCUGUUCAGACACUUGUUUUACUGCAAGCACGUCGAGAGAAUACUAUGCAAUCUAUGGGUCCUGAACAAGGCUGCUAAGAAGUACACACUACACUCGUCCAAGUGGUACGCAGCAGCCUUUGCGCUUCGGCAACGCAUGCUCCAUCUAGUGCAGAACCUCCAGUACUAUAUGAUGUUUGAGGUGGUGGAGCCAAACUGGCAGGUCAUGGAGACCAAGCUCAGACAGAUAUCCAACAUUGAUGAUGUGUUGGACAUUCACACUGACUUCUUAGACAAAUGUCUAAAAGACUGCAUGCUGACCAACCCAGAGUUAUUGAAGAUCGUCAGUAAACUCAUGCUCGUGUGUGUCACAUUUGCCAAUUGCAUCCAGAGAAUGACGGAGACGAUGAACGUAGAGGGAGAGGCCAGCUUCCUGGUGGAUACUACAGAUCCUAAAGGCAAGGACAAGGAUAAGACAGAGUCUAAGAAAUGGAAAGCUGCUACCAAGGUCGCUUCAGAGCACGUGGACCAGUUAAUCGGCAGCGAGGAGUUCGCCAGCACCAUCGGCAACUUUGACAGUAACUUCUCCACUCUGCUGGUGAGCCUGCUGGACCAGCUGAGCCUGUUCAGCACGACGGACUGUGAACACAACAUGACCAACAUCAUACACAGGCUGGACUUCAACGGGUUCUAUACGGAGGGGUUGGAGAAACUCGCCGCUGAGCGACGGAGCCGAGAGCUGGAAGAGCAAGAUCUAGGUGCCUCUGGAAGUUCUCUAACAAGUGUGUCAAGUCUGUCAUCUAAAGGAAAGUCUGGCGCCUCUAGCUUGAGACCUGGCAGUAGGGAUCCUUGAUGGAGUGAAGUCUUGGUGAUACUUAAAACUUCUAUGCAACUUCAACCCUGAAUAAGGCCGUGUCCGAAACGACGACUUCGGCUACAGCUACGUCUAGAUCAGCGCGUCUACCAGUGUUG